AAGCCAAACCCAAACCCAAACCCGAAUAUCUUUUCAUAUGUGUAUAUAUAUAAAUCUUAAGAUCCUACCUCACCCCCAUUCGCACCCCUUUUUCUUGUAGCAGAACCUGCAAACAGGUUUUCUUCUCUUAACUAUUACGAGACCUUCACUUCACAUUCCUUGCGUCUGGUUUCAAAAAGCACAGAGUGAGUAAUCAGUGGUGAUUUGGGUGUUAGCUCAUUGCUUUGAAGAGUGAACAAAAUAAGUAUCUGCGUUUGAUUUGAGUAUGAAUUCAAGGUGCGACGGAUAACAAGAAGUAUUAGUGAAAUGGGUGAGACUCAGAUGGGUUCCUCGCUUUGGAAUAGUCUCAAAUGCCUUUGUUCUGCUCACGGUUGGUCUUACGCCAUUUUCUGGCGCUCUCAUCCUCCUAAUUCCUUGUUCCUGUCUGUGGAAGAUGCUUACUACGAAGGGCUAUUAGGACAAGAGAUUAUUAAGACUCUUCCACAGCUUCAGUUCCUGGGCGAAGGAAUUGUUGGUCAUGUUGCUUUUACUGGCAAGCCCAGUUGGAUUUUCUCAGAUGCUCAAUCCCAAGAAUGGAAUUUAACAGGUGUCUUUUGGGGUCUAGAUCAUUGUGAGCUUGAUUCUGAACUGCGUCAACAAUUCUCCCAUGGGAUAAAGACAAUAGCAGUGAUAUCUGUUAAACCAUUAGGAGUAGUACAAUUUGGAUCCACAGAGAAGAUCUUGGAAAGAGAGGAAAUUUUUGAGCAAACACAAAGACUGCUCAUGGAGAAUGACUAUUUGGAUACAGUUGAUGAGCCAGAAAAAAUGGUUUUACCUUGGGAUUUUGAAAAUUAUGACCUGAAUGGGUUGUUGACCUCUGAAAACUUGUGCUCUUGGAAUCUCAACCAUGAAGAUCACAAUAACAUCAAUGAGCAGAUUAGAGAUUGCUAUUUUUCCUCAAGCAUGGAUAAUUCUCUCCUUUCCACUUACAAGAAUCAAGAAAAUGGAAUGACCAGCUUGCAUGGGGAAUCUUCUUGUCUUAGCGAUCAAUUGACAACAGGAGCAGAAGCUCAAAUGGUAUUGUCAGAGAAGGAUAGUUUUGAAGUGCUUUUGAAUCCUAAAUCCUGUGUGAAAAACCCCUGUUUUGGCCCACAGAGCAGUGAAGCUUCUUUGGCUUCAUCAAUGGCUUGGGAUAUUUCUGUCCAGGAUUCAGCAUUGACCUCUUUGUACAGCGUGAACCGAAGCAUGCUUGGAUCAGGAGGAUCAUUUCAAGACAAAUUAUGGAAUCCACUUGAAUACAACGCUUUUGCUCAAUCACUGCAUGGACUGUCGAAGAUGUCAACAGAGGACUUGUCUGACUUGUGCUCCGUGGAUGACAUUUGUCAGAGGUUUGCAUCUUCUCCAGAACAUAGCACCUGUGCAACAAAUACUGCAUUGGAAAAUUCUCUUUCUAAGUCCUUAGAAUUCAAUAAUCCCACUUGUGUUGCCUUUAAUGGUGAUCCAGCCAAAAGUAUUUCAGAUGGACACCCAACAUCUACCCUUAUGCAUACUUUUGAAAGCAGCAGUGCACUUGAUUUUGUUGGUGAGUGCUGGGGGAAUAUGAUUGCACCAGUGAUGAAAUCUGCUACCAUUACUGCUUCAUCUGAAUGCAGAUCAGGGUUGAAUAUUGUUACACCUAAUGCCACCAAGAAGGGAUUAUUUGCAGAGCUUGGCAUUGAAGAGCUUCUGAAUGGUGGAUCCAGUUUCGAGGAUCAAAUAUCUACAACUAAAAGGCGAAGGACAGAUUCAUCUGGGAACACUAAUCCUGUUUCCAACUUGGACAAGACAAACAAUCUUGUAUGCAAGAAAGAGACAUUUCCUAAAUCACUGGUAGGGUCAUGGUUGGACCAUGGUCCUUGCUUCAAUGGUGCGAAGGUUGUUCCUCAAAAGCCAGAGGAAUCCACAAAGGCCUCCAAGAAGAGGGCUAGGCCUGGUGAGAGUACCCGACCGCGACCAAAAGAUCGUCAGCAGAUCCAAGACCGUAUUAAAGAGUUGAGAGGGAUCAUCCCCAGUGGUGGAAAGUGUAGCAUUGACUCUUUGUUGGAUCGCACCAUCAAAUACAUGCUUUUCUUACAAAGCGUCACAAAAUAUGCAGGAAAACUGCAAGAACCUAAAAGUCCUAAGCUCAUUGAGGAGGGAAACAGUAUGGUUGUGAAGAACAAAAGUGUGGAAGAAUCAGAUACCAAGGAUGGUGGUGGGGUUACAUGGGCAUUUGAAGUUGCAGGCCAAACAAUGGCAUGCCCCAUUAUAGUGGAGGACAUGAGCCAACCAGGCCAAAUGCUCAUAGAGAUGCUUUGUGAGGAGCAAGGCUUGUUCCUUGAGAUAGCCGAAAUAAUCCGCGGAUUUGGACUGAAUAUUCUGAAAGGAAAGAUGGAAAUUAGGGAGAACAAGUUAUGGGGACGCUUCAUUGUUGAGGCUAGCAGAAAUGUAACAAGGAUAGAUGUAUUUUGGUAUCUGGUUCAACUUCUACCGCAAUCUGGAACAGAUAGUUAUCAGAAAACAGAGAUGGCACUUCCUGCUAUGGCCAUGACGUGAUUAAGAACAUCUUCUGAAGCAAUCACCUUGAGCAUUGAAUUCAACUAGUGCUUCAAAUUACCUGCUGUGAUAGGUGCUUUUAGGAGCCAUUUACUUGAUAUAAAUGAUAGAUUUAUAAGCUCGUUCCAAUUCUAGAGCCUCCACCAGCCAAGCUGAUAUUGAUUUUGUAUAUAUGGACAUUAGGCAGCUUCUUCUGCUUAGCUCUUUGCCUGUACAAUUAGUACAAACCACAUUGUUCCCUUCAAGCAGCUUGCUCUUGCUUAGCUUGGCUGCCUCUUAAGAGUAGAAAAACACAUCAUCAAUGUAAUUUGAAUAAUAGAGAAAAAUCCAAUUGCUGAAGUUUAAUUGGAAUGUUUGCUUUCCAGAAA